GGUAAUUGAGUCAUAAUAGUGAGUCAUAAUAGUGAGUCAUAAUAGUAUACCUGAAGGAGCAUCGCCACCCCCAUCGUUCAGCCACUGAGGUCCAGCUUCAAGGGCCUUCUGGCGGUUCCUUCACAGCGAGAGGUAAGGAUACAGGGAACCAGGCAGAGGGCCUUCUCGGUAAUGCCACCUUCCCAUCAGAUGUCAAGGAAAUAAACAACUAUCUGACUUUUAGAAGACAUCUGAAGGCAGCACUGGAUAGGGAAGUUUUUAAUGUUUGAUGUUUUAUUGUGUUUUUAAUAUUCUGUUGGGAGCCACCCAGAGUGGCUGGGGAGGCCUGGCCAGAGGGGUGGGGUAUAAGUAACAAUUAUUAUUAUUAUUAUUAUUAUUAUUAUUAUUAUUAUUAUUAGUUGGGAUUUGGGAAGUUACUUGAGGGACAAGCAGGCUUACCUGAAAAUGGGUAAAAGCACGAGAUCUAGAGUAGACAAGGGAAACUUUAAUUUUUAAAAAUAUAUAUUAAUAACUAGGCAGUAAGAGUUAUCUCAGCAACGCUUUUGCUGGCUUGGUCAUGUCCACAGAAUGGAAGAUGGCAGGGUCCCUAAGGAUGUGUUCUUAUGGGGAGCUGGCUUCAGGCACCAGGCUCAUUGGCAGACCAACUGUGUGCUACAAAGAUGUCUUCUCCCCAUGUGACCUCAAAUGACUCUCUAUUCAUUGGUAUUUUAAUAUGAUCAAUUCUGUUGCUUUCAGGAUUUUCGUUUGUGUGUGUGCUGCAUUUAAAACUUCCCUUUGACAUACAAUUUGCUCCUAUUCAUAUUUACUUGUAGGAAGUCCCAAUGAGUUAAAUGGAGCUUACUCCAAAGUAAAUGUGAAUAUGUACUUGGGGUGACAUUUUUUAAAGCAUUUUUAUUUAUUUAUUUAUUUAUUUAUUUUGCUCAUCACUCAAAUUUCUCUUUUUCUGCUUUCUGAAACCCCAGUGAGUAAAUGAAAAGCAGUUCCUAGAUAUACAGAAAGGAUUGACUUCAAAACUGGACUCCUCUUACAGGUCACUAUACUACUUCCAACCAUUUAAUAUCUCGCAGUUAACUUGGAUACAGUCCUUAAAGCAUGUUGUUGUUUUUUUAAAAAAAGUGUUAUUUAAAUUCAGUGUUUGUCUUGAAAGUACGUAUUAUAUCAAUUAUAAGCUACUAUGGGAAAACUCCUUUUAGAUAGGCAGCAUAUAAAUUCUUAGAAUCACGAUGGCCGCUGGAUGCUGCCGCUGGCGAUCGCUACGAAGGUCCAGCGCACGGCGAGGAAGGCGCGGAGGAGAUCCCAGAGACGAGGUCAAGGACAUACAGAAGGGAAGAUCAGAGCGGCGACGCAGGAGUCUGAUGGAGAUCCACGCAAAAUCCUGGCAAAGCAACAAACAGGUAGUUCCCCAGGUGCGGGCUGCUUAAAUGGGCAAGGGGCGGAUCCGAGGGAAGCCUACCUGCAAAGACUUUACUAUUUUAAGGUGAGUAAAAGAGAAACCACUUAACUUCUUCUAGUGUCUUGUGGGCAAUCAGAAAACUGGUGAUAUGUGGCAGGUAAGUGAGUCAUAAUAGUAUAGCUGAAGGAACAUCCCAACCCCCAUCAUUCAGCCACUGAGGUCCAGCUCCAAGGGCCUUCUGGCAGUUCCCUCACUACAAGAAGUGAGGUUACAGGGAACCAGGCAGAGGGCCUUCUCGGUAGUGGCACCUUCCCAUCAGAUGUCAAGGAAAUAAAUAACUAUCUGACUUUUAGAAGUCAUCUGAAGGCAACCCUGGAUAGGGAAGUUUUUAAUGUUUGAUAUUGUAUCGUGUUUUUAAUUUUCUGUUGGGAGCCGCCCAGAUGGGCUUGGAAAGAAGAAGAAGAAGAAGAAGAAGAAGAAGAAGAAGAAGAAGAAGAAGAAGCAGCAGCAGCAGCAGCAGCAGCAGCAGCUGGGAUUGGGGAGGUUACCUGAAAAUGGGUAAAAGCACGAGGUCUAGAGUGGAUGAGGGAAACUUUAUUUUUUAAAAAUAUUUAUAUUAAUAACUAGGCAGUAAGAGUUAUCUCAGCAACACUUUUGCUGGCUUGGUCAUGUCCACAGAAUGGAAGAUGGCAGGGUCCCUAAGGCUUUGCUUUAUGUGUGUGUUUUUAAUCGUUUUUUAAAUUCAGUGUUUGUCUUGGAAGUAUGUAUUAUAUCAGUUAUAAGCUACUAUGGGAAAACUCCUUUUAGAUAGGCAGCAUAUAAAUGCUUACCUAAACAAAUAAGUCCCAUGUCUGGGAUUCACAGAAAACAUUAAUACAGGCCAAAACCACUGGUUCUCCGGGCUGAUGGAGAAAUGAUGGUGGGCAAGAUUAAUAAGGCCGAGGACUAAAACUGCCAACGAUGUUUGCCUAGAGCGCAAUUUUAACAGCAGUAUGCACACCUAUUUAGAUGCAACAUCUGUUGAGUUCAGUGGGACUUACUCAGGACUACGUAGGUUUAGAAGCAAUGAAGAAAUCUUUUCCACCUGAGAGCUACAUUCCAUUGUGGACAACCUUCUUGGAUGACAUGCCAGUAGUUGACAGAGUGGAGGCAAAUGCGAGCAGAACAAUGAAAGUGAAUUUUAACUUUGCACAGUAGGCUAGAUCCUUCUCAGAAAUCCCCCCAUCUUCCUGUCAAGCUGGAGUUCCCAAGAGUGAAAGGAGCAGGAGAUAAAGGAAAAUACAGCUAUAAAUAUGAAGAAGAGCUGCGGAAGGGACAUGGAAGGGACUUAAGGGCCUCGGACAUAAGAUUGCCAGGUUAAUCCGCUAGAUUGAUGAGAUAGAAAGGACUGACAAAACCCGGGACCAGGAGGAAGAGACGCUGGAUGAAGAUUGGAUUGUUUCUUUUUUGUUACUUUUUUAUUAGGAUUGUUUUAUAAAAUUGAUGAGUGUUAGAAAAAUGUUGGAACGAAAUUAUUUGGCUUUAGCAAAAAUAUUUAAAGAAUUAUGUAAGAAUAUUAUGGUUAUGAGAAAUUGGUAAAAAUAAGAUUUAAGUUUUAAGCUUUAAGGUUUUUAUAGUAAGAUAAGAUUAAAAUAGAGUAAGGUAAAGUAAUGACAGAAUAUUCUGAAGUAUGGAAAGGAUUUGCUGCGACAAUUAAUAACCAGGAUACAAAAAAAGGGAGGAGGAGGAGGUCAAAGAAAGAAGGUAAUGACAGUUAAGGAUUUGAGAAUAUUGGAUUUGUUUUUAAAUGUUUGUGGUAUAUUUUUAUUUUUUUAGCGUGUUGUGCUAUUUUUUGAUUUUGAUUUUUAUUAAUCUGUAAUGUUUGACUGUGGUUUGUUUUUUCUUUGUUUUUUCUUUCUCUUUUUCUUCUUUGUUUUCUUUUGUAAUUCAAAAAUUUUCAAUAAAUAUCAUAAAAAAAAAAGAAAUCCCCCCAUCUUCCAUACAGGCAAGCAAGGGACGUUAUCAGAGUCAGGGCCGUCUUUACACGGGGGUGCAAGUGGUGAGGGGCACCCGGUCGCCAAAUUCUAGGGGGUGCCAGGCGCCAGCCACCGAAGCAGCCUAAGCUCUUAACUAUCGACCUGUUAUAAAAUAAUAAAUAAUUUUGAUCAAGCUAGAAAAACAAAAUACAUAUAUACCUAGGUAAAGGUAAAGGGGACCCCUGACCAUUAGGUCCAGUUGUGGCCGACUCUGGGGUUGCGGCGCUCAUCUCGCUUUAUUGGCCAAGGGAGCUGGCGUACAGCUUCCUGGUCACGUGGCCAGCAUGACUAAGCCGCUUCUGGCGAACCAGAGCAGUGCACAGAAACGCUGUUUACCUUCCCGCCGGAGCGGUACUUAUUUAUCUACUUGCACUUUGACGUGCUUUCGAACUGCUAGGUGGGCAGGAGCAGGGACCGAGCAAAGGGAGCUCACCCCAUCGCGGGGAUUCAAACCGCCGACCUUCUGAUCAGCAGGUCCUAGGCUCUGUGGUUUAACCCACAGCGCCACCCGCGUCCCUUACAUAUAUACCUAGGUAUUACCAAAAUGUAUACCUACUGUUUCACUAAAGGACUUUCGACUUUGUGUGCUCAUUUACCAAAGUUGCACUGCACCAGCAGUGGCAAUUGUCACUCACAACGGUGGUGCUUGUCAGACCCAACAAUGGUGCUUGUCAUUCUCAACAGCGCCAUGCACGUGAAAUUAACUCUUACAUCAAAAUAUUAUGUCUUUGCAGUCCAGCAGCGCAUAUACUAAAGAUAGUGCUGAUCAGAGGUAAAGGAAGUCUGGGGAGAGUCUUGAGGGCCAGCUAGAGGAGCUGUGAGGUGCACAAUCAGCCCCUGGACCUGAGGUUCCCAGUCAGCUUGCAGUUGAAUAUUUGGUGGUUCGUACAACUUGUGAAGAACCCAUGAAGAUAUAAUUAACAAAAUGUCCAUCCGCACACCAUUUUGAUGCCCAGUGUAGACUCUGUGCCUUUUCUUAAUCAUCUGCCCUGGAGAU